AGAAACAAAGAAAAUUCACAAAAAUAAAAAAUCAAUCUUUCCGUCGGUCGGCGUCCCAAAAGGUAGUUUUGUUAGUUCCGCGUUGUUUCGUGUUCAGUCUUUUCUUGCCUACGCAUUUAAAUCCGAUAGGAAAUAAGCAAAAGAAGCCGCCUGAACGUUAGUAAACACAUCCUCUAAGGCUUCUCCCCAAAAUGGCAAUGAAUUCCUCCCAAGUUAAAGCUCAGCAUUUACAACAGCAACAAAAUAAUAUGGCGGGCCCCGGCGGCACCGGAUGGCCUAGAAGGAAUUCACAAAGUGCCGCACAAUCGAAUGCGGUUGCCGAGCCGAAAUUCAACCCAACGACUGCGAUUAACAGAAUUAUAAAUUUAUACCCUCUUACAAACUACAUUUUUGGCACAAAAGAACCCCUUUUCGAAAGGGAUCCGUCAGUACCCGCUCGUUUUCAGCGAAUGCGUGACGAGUUUGAAAAAAUUGGUAUGAGGCGAAGUGUUGAAGGUGUUCUUUUGGUACAUGAACAUGGACUUCCCCAUGUUUUACUUCUUCAGUUGGGUACUACUUUCUUUAAGCUUCCUGGGGGUGAACUAAACCCUGGUGAGGAUGAAGUUGAAGGACUAAAAAGGUUACUAACAGAGACUUUGGGAAGGUUGGAUGGAGUAAAGCAAGAGUGGCAUAUUGAGGACAUCAUUGGGAACUGGUGGCGUCCGAAUUUCGAGCCUCCCCAAUAUCCAUACAUUCCUCCACACAUUACUAAACCUAAGGAACACAAGCGUCUUUUUUUGGUGCAACUUCAAGAAAAGGCUCUUUUUGCCGUACCGAAAAACUACAAGCUAGUAGCCGCCCCCUUGUUUGAGCUAUAUGACAACUCACAGGGUUAUGGACCUAUUAUUUCGUCACUUCCUCAGGCAUUAUGCAGGUUUGAAUUUAUUUACAUGUGACCAUCCAGACCAAUGCCCCCAAAAUUAGAAGUAAGAUAUUGAUGAUCAACAAGCUAAUUCCUAAAAAUUCUUAUUCAUCCAUUAUUAGAUGAGAGCAACAAAUCAAGGAGGAGGACCACAAUUAGGCAAACUCUAGUUUAAUAUUAUAACACUAGAUGAGAUUUUCAUUUGGUCCAUAUGGUGGUGUUUACAAACUUAGUGGUGUUAGACAUAAGACCUUCGUCGAACAGUGAAGGUUGUUUUAAAAGUGACUUCCUAAAAUGAUUUUCUGAAUUAUUUUAAAGGCUUAAUAAUUGUUCUGUUUCGAAAAAUGUCCCUGAAUAUAGUUUUAGUUUUUUUUUUGUAUAUUGAUGUCUGCAAUAGAUUAAGGUGUAAAAAAUGAAACCGAUUAUGUUCUAAUAAGGCAACCAAUAAAUUGCCUUCAUUGUGACCUUUGCAACUUAAGUCAUAAAUGUAUUAUGAUUUCCUUUUAUAUUAGGUAUGUUGUUAAUAAUAUAACAUAAUUAUUAAAUGAAUCUUUAUUGUAA